AUGGCAAAGCUUGUGCUCAUCCUAUCUGCCUUCGCAGUCCUCCUCUUGGUGGCCAACGCUUCCAUCUACCGCACCACUGUGGAGGUUGAAGAAGAAAACUCUAGCCGUGGGCAGAGUUGCCAAAAGCAGUUCGAGCAGCAGCAACGAUUUAGGCACUGCCAAAUGUACGUGCAAAAGGAGAUCAAGGGGAGCCAAGGAGGACGCUGGCUCAGCAAUGACGUUAACCAGAGAGAACAAUGCUUCAAACAAUGCUGCCAGGAGUUGCAGGAAGUAGACAGACGGUGCCGCUGCCAGGGACUAGAGCAGAUGGUUAAGCACCAGCAGCAACAGGGACAGUUCAGGGGUGAGAAGAUUCGGGAACUGUAUGAGACAGCUUGUGAGCUACCUCGCAUGUGCAACAUUCAGCCCAUGCAGGGCUGUCAGUUCAGUUCACCAUACGAGUCGUUUUAG